GCAUUGAACCAAAAUCUUACACACUUGCUUCCUAUUACUUACUUGUUAUCUUUUUUUUUUUUUUUUUGUAACAAAGUAGUAUUCAAGAAUCAUAUAUCAAAGUUUUUGUUUUUUCUAUUAAAGGUCAAAUGGGUAUAACAGAAGCAUGUUCCCGAUUCAUCUUAGACUUUUUACAAGCAUUCAAAAACUCACCACAAAACUCUAUGUCACAACAUCACAAUCACGAUCAACAUGAACAAACAACAACAUGCAAGCAACAAAACAUGCUAAACCUUGAUGAAAGGAUGGUUAGUGCUCUUGUUACUGUUUUUGGAAUGGAAAACAAUGGAAAAAUCAAGAAAGAAAAUGCUAGACAAGUUGUGGAGAAGCUUGGUUUGAUAUAUAGUUCUGAUCAGAAGGAAAAGGUUUCAGAAAUUGAGGAUGAUGACGAUGAAGUGGGCGUGGAAGAAGUACUUGGUGAAUUGGAAGACAUGUCAAAGAGAAGUGAGUUAUUGGUUGAAGCAUUCAAAAUAUUUGAUGAGGAUGGUGAUGGAUAUAUAGAUGCAAUGGAGUUGAAAAGGGUGCUUGAUUGUUUGGGUUUGGAUAAAGGUUGGGAUAUGAAUACAAUUGAAAAGAUGGUGAAGGUUGUGGAUUUGAACUUUGAUGGAAAAGUUGAUUUUGGUGAGUUUGAAUUGAUGAUGGGAUAGUAGUAGUACUACUACUACUACUUUAUUCAUUCAUCGAUUUUAGGAGAAUAUGAUAAUUAUUAUUAUUAUUAUUCAGCUCUCAAUUGUAUAAUAUUAAAUUAAAUAAAUUAAAUUAAAAUGAUUUGAUUCAGUAUAAUUCUAUGAUGAAAAUCAAAUAUGAAGUUUUUUUGCACCAUUUGUUUCCAUCAAUCUUAAUUGUAAAUUUUCAGACAAA